CCCCCCCUCUUUCUCCUUUAUUAGCUUACAGUACGGACUGUUUCUUUUUCUUUCUUUAUUUUUUUUGGAAAAAGUUCAGAAACCCUAAUUUUCAGGUCCAACCCUAAAAAGCCUGUUGCGUUUCAAUAUGCGCAUUCAAGGCCUAGCUCUGAGUCUCUGACUCUUUUUUAAUGCCACUCCUCACUUCCAAAACAACCACAAAUUGUUUUUGAUCUCACAAGUAUCUGAUUCCAAAACAUCUGAAAUUCAUUUUGGUUUUGAAACAAACAGUCUCGGCACGAAAACGGUGCCGGAUUCUUAUUCUUUUUUGACCGUUUUGUAUUUUGCUUUCUCUUGUGGAAAGAGGAAGAGUGAUAGAGGGGGGGGUUUAAGGGAGUUUGGUUUUGUCUAAGGAUGUUAGACUCCGACAGCGAGCUGAGCUUCGACGCAGUGAAUUCCGGUUACAGCUCAAUGAGCAGCGAGAGUUGUAGCAGCUUCAGCCGCCUAUCCUUCGAACUCACCGUCCCGACGACGUCGCAUUCCUCUCCGGAGAGCCUGACCCUGAGCCUAAAGCCCCACCGCUCCUCCGACUUCGCCUACUCCGCCAUCCGAUCCGCCAACGGCCGCGGCCGGGCCGGCGGAUUGACGUUCCGGGACUUUCGUCUGGUCAGAAGGAUCGGCGCCGGAGACAUCGGCACCGUCUACCUCUGCGCCCUCCGGGACUGCGAGCUCUCCGGCGGCGACGACCAGGAGCAGUGCCUGUACGCGAUGAAGGUGGUGGAUAAGGAGGCCCUGGCGAAGAAGAAGAAGGUCCACAGGGCAGAGAUGGAGAGGAAGAUUCUGAAGAUGCUCGACCAUCCCUUCUUGCCCACUCUACACGCCGAGUUUGAGGCCUCCCAUUUCUCUUGCAUUGUCAUGGAGUUUUGCUCCGGCGGUGACUUGCAUUCCUUGCGCCACAAGCAGCCCCAAAAGCGCUUCUCUCUCACCUCCGCAAGGUUUUAUGCCGCCGAGGUUCUCGUGGCAUUGGAAUACCUCCAUAUGUUGGGAAUAAUCUACAGGGACCUAAAGCCCGAGAACGUUUUAGUCAGAUCGGAUGGUCACAUCAUGCUCUCGGACUUUGACCUCUCCCUCUGCUCCGACGCGAUCGCGGCUGUUGAGUCUCCGUCUUAUUCACCAGUUCCCGCGACCACACCGAGCCCGUCCUACACCCGCGCCGUACCCGCGCCGUUCUCCUGCCUCUCCAACCGGCUCUUCCGGUCCCGCAAGGUCCAGACCCUGACCCCAAACCGUCUCUUCGUGGCCGAGCCCGUGGGCGCCCGGUCAUGCUCCUUCGUAGGGACCCACGAGUACGUCUCACCAGAGGUCGCGUCGGGCGGGUCCCACGGAAACGCCGUUGACUGGUGGGCCUUCGGGAUCUUCGUCUACGAGAUGAUCUACGGCCGCACGCCCUUCGCGGCUCCAUCGAACGACACCACCCUGCGCAACAUCAUUAAGAAGCCCCUGGCGUUCCCCACGCCCACGCCCUCCAGCACGCUUGAGGUCCACGCGUGGGACCUAAUCUCCGGGUUGUUAGACAAAGACCCGGUUAGCCGACUCGGGUCGAAGCGCGGAGCUGCCGACGUGAAAAAGCACCCGUUCUUUCGAAGCCUCAACUUCGCCCUCAUACGGUCCCUCACCCCGCCGGAGAUCCCAGGGCAAAUGAGGCUCAAAACGAGGCCGUUGUUGAGCAAUAGUCGUAGUGCAGCACAAUCCACGGCGUUCGAGUACUUCUGAGCGUAGGGCGGGAUUGGUGCCACGUGUCGAGUAGGUUCUGCCAGAUUUUGUCUCUGGCGGGUGAGGGUGACAGCGACAUGUAUAUUCGAGCUGUCUGUUUUUUCCUUUCUUUGACGUAUGGUUACGUGACUUUUUUAUAUGGUUGAGGAUAUACAUAUGUUUUUACGUAUAUAUAUAUAAUAUAUGUGUACGUACUACAGCGUCUACGUAGGCGAUGAACGAUGAUACUGGCCGGAGGUCUGAGCAAAUAGUAUCCCGACAGGAUUGAACCUUGGGAAAACGCUGUGGGAUCAUAUGCGCGUUUAACGUUGCCGAAUCACGCCAUUGAUUAUGUCAUGGGUGCUCUUACUUACUUUAUAUGGAAAGGCUUGGGAAUGUGGAAAAAGGUGGAGCGACGGCCAUAACUGUGUAAAUUGUAAUACUCAUCCACUUGGCUAGACUACUUUUUCUUCUCUACCAAAAAUCUUUGUUAUUUAUUAGAGCUAGCCGACCAAGAAAAAUAAAUGAGUCGAUCAUGAAAAAAGAUUUGUAAAAGUUCAAUUCAACUCGGUUCGCUCGUAUAUAUAUAAACAAGUUUUCUAUGAACGGGUUGCUCGUGUGUAUAUAUAUAAGUUUUAUAAAUAUAAGAUUCAAUAA